UAAACUUUCACUUUCUCUGAACCUCGUGAAGAAUACUUUGAUAUUAUGAUUAUGGCAGCUCCUUCUCUUACAGAUGAAGAUUUAGAACAAUUGGCCAUGGAUGAAAUCUUAAAAGAAACCAAAAGGAAUUCAGAAAGAGCAAAAGAGUUUGGUUCUCUUGGGUGGCAAAACCCUAGAAAGACUGCCAACAAGAGAUUUUUAAGCAACAUGUUGGUCAGCACAUUGCACAAUCCUCUCCAGAGGAACAGUCAUACUGCUGGAUCAGAGAGAGGGAGGCAUGACAGACACCUUGAUUCUGACAGAUUGGGGAGUCACAGGGACCAGAAAUAUUCUCAGGGAGAGAGGAAGGACAGCUCAUCAGAGUCCGACAGGAAAAAACAUCAGAGUCCGCAGGAUUUUGAGAGGAGCCAAAAAAUUGAGAGGCAUGAGAAAACAAGGGAAAAUUUUCAUCAUAGAGCGAGGCGUUCCUCAGAAUCUCCAGAGUAUUUAAAUAAAGGUAAAGAACUAGGUAGACAAAAUGAAAGAAAAAAUGGUAGUAAGAGAAAUUAUUCUUCUGACCGAAAGUCUUAUCGGGAUGAAAGCCAAAGGAGUUAUCCUAAAGUAAGGAAAGGUGAUGAAGGAAGUAGAGAUCAUAGAGAAAAGUCAUGGCUUCAUGGGGAAGGGCCUCCCCGUGACCUCAGAGAUGUAUACCACAAGGAUUACAUGGAGUACACACAGAAUUAUAAGAAACACAUGAAUUACUUUGAAAAAAUGGAGGAGAAGGAACUGCAUCAAAAACAUUCAAGGUCAUAUCAGUCUGAAGAAAGAGAGACAUGUUUGUACAAAUCUAAGGAGAAAAGGCACUCACCAGAAAGUAGAAUGCACCAAAAAUCUAAGAAAUCUAAGAAGAAAAGAAGAAAGAUAUCUAGUGAAAGUGAUGACAACCCAAGUAGUGAUUUCCCAGGAUUUGGAGGAAAAUGUCAUGAAAAAGAUACCUCAAUCUUGAAGAGCAAGGGAAAACCAAGAAACAAAAGAAAAAAGUCUAAUGAAAAACUUCAUAAAUCUGCAAAGAAGAAAAUGAAAUCUGCAAAAAAAUUUGUAGAUUCAAGUCCAAAGGAGGGUGUAAAUCUGGGUGAGAAGCUGGAAAGUGACAGUUCAGUAGAAAGUGAUGAGGGAUUAAAGAUGGACUACUCUGAUUUGUCUAACAUUACAGAGACAUUUUCAAAAGGAAAAAAGUCAAAACACAAAAAGCACAAGGAUAAAAAGAGAAAAAAAAAUACUGAGGAAAAAAUAUGUUCACUUGUAACUUGAUUAAUUUAUUAAUACACAUGUCAUUGAAUGGAUUACAUGGUUUUUAUUUGUUUUUUCCUAAUUAAAUUUAAAC